UCCAUUUAUUUCGUUCAAAUAUCUUAUUUUUCCUCUUUUCCGAAAUUAUACGUUAUAAACACCCUGACGUUUGAUCAACACGUGAAUCUUAAUCCACCUCCCGUCCUGUGGAAGGGGUUAUGCCGGGUAGAUUUUCACGCGUUUGUAGAAACGAAAGAGAGAAUGGACGAGGCAGUCGCUACACCGCCUACAUUUAAACGAAAUUUCUUCGAGCGAAUCUACUGCGUGGAAUUGUCACCGUACGAAUGGUCGCAGCACUUGAUCUGUAUCGCCCUCGCCAAGGAAAUUGUCGUCGCUACAGUUAGAUUUCAGGAUGAAGAUGACGCAGUGGAGGACAUGGCGUACAAUCCUAUCAAGACGUUCCACCACGAUACCAGACCUCACGCAGUUGCAUGGAGUCCGGAAACCUCCUUGAGUGUUGUCCCUAAAAUUCUGACAUUUUGUGUCGCUGGUGCAGAUUUUAAAAUAAGAUUGUACAAUAGUAAUUUGAAUGACGUUAAUGUGUAUGAGAUUUUAGAAGGGCACAAAGAUUACACGAAUGCAAUUUCUUAUGAACCAGAGGGUGAAUUACUAGCAUCGGUUUCCGACGAUCAUACGUGUAAAUUAUGGGCGAUUAAAGAGGAUCAGAAGUGUGUGUCUACAUUUUUCUUAACGUCGCCUGGUAGCAGUGUAUGUUGGCACAGCGAAGAAUCUGGCAAGCUUUUAGUAGCAGAGAAGAAUGGCUUGAUACGUAUGUAUAAUGUCAGAAGUCAGCAAGCGAUUAUGUCUCUCGAUUCUGGGGCUGUUCCCUUGAUUGCGGCAGAUUGGGCAUCGAAUCCUUUAAAAGUUGUAUCGAUGGCUGCCGGAGAAUUAUUACUCUGGGAUGUAUCCAGACCGAGCCGGCCCCUUGAUGAACGGACGCUUCAUCUGGAAGGUGGUUUAGCGGUGAAAUUCUCUCACGCGAAUGAGAAUCUGGUAGCGAGUAUUGGUUGGCCAGAUAACUUGUUGAAAGUUUUCAAUUUCAAAACCAAACAAGUGAUAUUGUGCGGGAAAGUCAAGUUAGUUGGCGGUAUGACAUGGCACUACAAAUUGCCUUAUGUCUGUGCUGGAAGUGAUAGAGAACUAUUUUUUUGGAGAGUAAAUGUAAAUUAAGAUACAUUAAACAGUUUUAUACAUAAAAAAGAAAUUUUUUCAAUUCUUUAAAAUAAAUAUUUAAAAGCCGCUGCCAUAUACGAUAACAUUAUAUCAUUAUAUAAUAUUGUAUUAGUUAUAUAUAAUUUCUUUUAUAUUAUAUACUCUAGUAUUUCUCUACAUUCAUUAUUUUGGAAAAAAUCAUGACUUAUAUUACAUCUGUAACAGAAUUAAUUAACAUU